AUGCCUUCUCGAGGCGAAGAUAUACUUAAAGGUUUUCAGGUAAAUUGGAUGAAUUUACGAGAUGCUGAUAGUGGUAAAAUACUAUGGCAAGGAAACGAAGAUUUGUCAAUCCCUGGUGUCGAACAUGAAGCAAGAGUACCGAAAAAGAUUCUAAAAUGUCGUGCAGUGUCACGAGAAAUUAAUUUUAGUUCUGCAGAACCAAUAGAAAGGUUUAGGUUAGAACAGAAAGUAUUAUUUAAAGGAAGAUGCUUAGAGGAAUGGUUCUUUGAAUUUGGAUUUGUUAUACCUAAUAGUACCAAUACAUGGCAAAGUUUAAUCGAAGCUGCUCCAGAAAGUCAAAUGAUGCCUGCUGAUGUCUUAAAUGGUAACGUUGUUAUAGAGACAAAAUUUUUUGAUGAUGAUCUAUUAGUCUCUACCAGUAAAGUUCGCCUUUUUUAUGUUUAAAUGUUCUAUUCACCCUUGAUAAUAUAACAUGGGUCCAACUAACGUGUUUCAACAUGCACACAUGAGAUGGAGUACUGAAGAUAAUAAUUUUAAACAACAAAGUUCAUAUUGAACAUUUUACUUAAUGCACUUACUGUAAUAUGCACUGUGCUAAAGAUAUUUUCUUACAUUUUCAUGAGUAAAUCAAAUAGCACUAUUUCAGUUUCGUAUAAGCUUAAGAUAAAGUUACUGUGGUAAAGCUUGUACCAUAAAAUGUGCAUUUUUAA